AUGUAUCAACAAACAGAGACGAUAAAGCGUUUUCACUCGAAACUUCAGUGGCAGCAAGUUCUCGCAAUGAGCACUUUUAUAGGUGAGUAAAAAUUAGACAUUUUGAACAAAAAUUUUCUUUAUUGGUAUGUGUGUAACAUGCUUUAUAAUCGAGAAGAAAUUCCUCGCCGCUUAUUUAUGAUUUCUGAUUUGCUUUCAAAUGGCUAUUGGAAAAAUAAUGAAUUUUUAACAACCUGCAGGGAAUUUUUUUGUUUGAAUACUUGAAUGGCAGCAGGUAUAUUUGUAUGUUCUGGUUGUUCGCGUCCAUGUUUUUUCUGUCAGAUAUAGAUUCACGUAUAGGAAAACGCAGACGCUCGGGUCACGAUUGGUUUUAAUUUUUUUCCUGAUUAGUUAGGGAAGGGAUGUGAACUCUUUGGGCCAAUCACAUAGUCAAUGUAAUGAUCAAGGCAUUCACUUUAAAACUAUUUUACAGAUUACAAUCUCGGAUCAAUGUCGCUUGUACAGGAUCGCUUAAGAUUCUUUUUCUUAAUAUAAUUUUAUUAUUUUGUACUAACCUUUCGCUACCUUUUUACUCGCCCAGGGUUGAAGGGAGGAGGAGGGGGGUGGACAAUGUUUUGAAUCUUAUGACUUUCAGGUGUCCUGAUCAGCGGUUGAUCGUGCACAGUGACUCAAUCCAGUCCACUUGCUGAUCACGUUAAGUUGCCAUGGUUACAAUUGCAACUUUCCGUAAAAUUUAUUCGGUCCAUUAUUUCUAUAUUCCAGGCUUCACUCUAGCAGUGUGGUACAAUUUAUGGAAUACGGGAUCACGGGUACCAUUAGUGGGAACAGUGUCUUCAUCCCUGGUCCAUGAACAAAGAGGAGAAGGUGAGCGUUUGAUAAAUCUUUAAGUUGCUUAAAUGCUUUCUUGGUAAAUGUUAACUUAAUCCGCCUCGCAGGCAUACUGAUUCAUUGUCUGGUUCAUUCGCUCCUUCUCUUCUUUGUAAGUACAUAGCACCACCCCCAUUCCCGCCCCCAAACUCCACGAUAAGUGGAGCCAUUCAUUCCAUUGGCUUAAAAUUUCCUUCCUCGGCCUCCUCACACUUUUAGUACUUUUUUGUAGGAGUGUAUAUGACCUUGAAACUGAAAUGCUUCUACUGCGACUCCCAAGACUUCGGUGAAGCAUGGGAAACUCUUACCCAGGACACUGCAUGUCAAGACAGUGUGUUUUCAACUUGUUUUCGGAAUCAGACACUCCCGGGCAGGCAAACAACGGAAGUUAUUGAUCUCAUAAGAAGCUGUGAACAGAAAUGCAAGUGCUCGGACGAGGAAGGUUGGUGCGUGACUCCGGAAUGCAAACCUCAGACGAAAUGCUGUUGGGGUCAGGUAUACUGUGAAGAAGAACAAUAG